AUGAUCACUGUUCCCCAAGGUGAAAGAUUAGAAUGUUUCAAAAUAGAUGGACUAUUCAUAGGGACUCUAACAUUAAAUAACACUAAACCAAACAAGUACUUAUAUAUAUUAAUUAUAAGUUGUUGUGCUUUUAAAAUUAGGACAAAUAAUACGUAAGAUAUUUAAGUAAUGCCACAUAUAGGAUCUUUCACAGGAUAAUAUAUUAAAAUUAUCGUUAAAUGUUAAAAGUUCUAAUGUAAAUAUAAAUCAUUAUCUGUUAGCUAAUGCAAAAUUACAAAUUUUUAUUGUAGAUUUGACUGAUUAAAAUUUCAAUAAAACCGACGUUAAGUCUCUGGCCUCGUAUUUUGAUUCCUAUUCUAACAGCACAUUUGUUCAAAAAAUGAAAAUAGAAAUAAUUACUAUUGAUCAAAGUUAAAUGACCAAAUAAUCUAAUAUAAUUAAUUAAUCAAUCUCAUUAAAUAAGAACAUAGAAGAAAGUAUUUACCAUUAACAAGAUUUCACAUAUGAGCAAAAUACUUUGUUAAAAAAAAAUGAACAAAUGAAACAAUAGUAAAUUAAAAAUUCGAUCACUAAUUCUGACCAACAUUAAAGUGUUAGUAGAGUGUCUGCUUCUGAAUAAAGAUUUCUUACAUCUACUACAUUUUAAUAAAUUAAAUAAACUCCAUCUAAACAAUCAUCAAAUUCAUAAAAUAAUCUUCCCCUUGAAUAUCCUCUUCCAAAACCAUAAACCUAUCCAUAUUAACCUUAAUAACCAAAAUUAUAUAACUAAUAAGUUUAUGAAAUAGAAGAAGAUAAUUAGAUCUAAAGAUUAAAUCUAAAAAUAAAUUAAUUAUAAAUAGAAUUAAAUAAAUAAAAGGAAGAAUUACAAAACAUAGAAAAAGAAAAAAUAUUACUGCUAUCUAAAGGAACAAAUUAAAAUUAAGAUUAAAUAUUUGUUAGUGUUCAGCAUAUUUUUUUUUCAGCAUUAUUUUGUUUUUUCAUAGGUUAUGUAGCAACAAAUUGA